UGUGUGUUUUUUUUUCUGUCUGUCCGUGCACGCGCAUACCAGAGGCGUGUGCGUGCGUGAGUUCGCGUGCACGAGCGCGCUGUCCGGAGUUAAGGUGGUUAGUUAAUGGUUUCUAAAUUGGGAUGCUGUCGGAUGUCGGAGGCUGAAUCUAAUACACUGGCGUAUCCCGGCGGUUGCCUGGUAACGCGCUGGCAGUGGGCGCUCCUGACCUUGGCGUCGUGAAUGCGCAAAGCACACGGACCGUGCACCAGCAGCAGAUAAGAGUAAAAGAUCCGCGCCUCUGAUACCGACACCGGGGGGGGACAUAUUUUUUCACGUUCACAUUCACAGCCUUUUCCAUUGUCUUCAUCACAUGCAGCAGCCGAGGCGAACAGACGGGUUAUUAUGGUAUGGAGCAAACGUGGGGACGGAGCGCGUCUCAGCCUCUGUAAAAGCAGAUCUGUGUGAACUGCAAUGAGAAGUGGACGUGGAGGAGCUUCAUUCGUGUCUGAGGUGCAUUUGGAUUGGAUCUGAGUGAUGUCCGUCUGACAGGGUCACUACAGCAGGACUGAGCGGACACUACAGUGUGCAUUUGUGUUGUGCAGCGGCCACUGUCCUGCCCAGACCAUGUGGUUGGCUCCAUUCAGAGACCAUCUGUCGCCUGCACACCUGCCACAUCAGCACGGAGCCGUGACCAUCACCCACUGUGCUCUUCUCUGGUGGAUAUUAUGCUCCUGCUGGUCCUUCACGAAGGCCACCAGCCAGAAGUUCUACCCCACCGUCACCACCCAGUUCGGGAAACUGCGAGGCCUCCGGGUCCCGGUGCCCAGCGAGGUCCUCAGGCCCGUGGAUCAGUAUCUUGGGGUGCCGUACGCAGCGCCACCUGUGGGCGAGAAGCGUUUCAUGCCCCCGGAGCAGCCGUCCUCUUGGUCGGGCGUAAAGAAUGCCACCCACUUCAUGCCCGUGUGUCCUCAGAACAUCCACAACACUGUGCCGGAGAUUAUGAUGCCCAUAUGGUUCACCUACAACCUGGACACGGUGGCUCAGUACAUCCAGGACCAGAGUGAGGACUGUCUGUAUCUGAACAUCUACGCUCCGACGGCUGACGGGGGCCAACACAAGAAGAAGGGGGCGUCGUUCUCACACGCUGAGACUCAUAUAUCUGAAGAUAUAAGGGACUCUGAGGCCCGGCCCGUGAUGGUCUACAUCCACGGAGGUUCCUACAUGGAGGGAACCGGGAACAUCAUGGACGGCAGCGUGUUGGCCAGCUACGGGAAUGUUGUCGUGGUCACGCUCAACUACCGGAUUGGAAUAUUAGGCUUCCUCAGCACCGGGGACCAGGCAGCGAAAGGAAACUACGGGCUCCUGGAUCAGAUUCAGGCUCUGCGCUGGAUCAGUAAGAACAUCGGUUACUUUGGAGGAGACCCGGGGCGCAUCACGGUUUUUGGAUCGGGGAUCGGCGCCUCCUGUGUCAGUCUGCUCACACUGUCCCAUCACUCAGAGGGAUUGUUCCACAGAGCCAUCAUCCCCCUGUCCAGCUGGGCUGUCAACUACCAGCCGGUCAAGUACACCCGCCUGCUGGCUGAGAGAGUGGGCUGCAACGUGCUGGACACGGUGGACAUGGUCACCUGCCUGCAGAAGAAGACCGCUAAAGAGUUGGUGGAGCAAGACAUCCAGCCCGCUCGAUACCGCGUGGCCUUCGGCCCCGUCAUCGACGGAGACGUCAUCCCGGACGACCCAGAGAUCCUGAUGGAGCAGGGCGAGUUCCUCAACUACGACAUCAUGUUGGGCGUGAACCAGGGAGAGGGCCUGCGCUUCGUCGAGAACGUGAUGGACAUGGACGACGGCGUGUCGGGCAGUGACUUUGACUUUGCCGUGUCAGACUUUGUGGACAGCUUGUACGGAUACCCGGAAGGAAAGGACACGCUGAGGGAGACCAUUAAAUUCAUGUACACGGACUGGGCGGACAAGGACAACCCGGAGACCAGGAGGAAGACUCUGGUGGCUCUGUUCACCGACCAUCAGUGGGUGGAGCCCUCGGUGGUGACGGCUGACCUUCACGCCCGCUACGGCUCGCCGACGUACUUCUACGCCUUCUACCACCACUGCCAAAGCCUGAUGAAGCCCGUGUGGUCCGACUCGGCGCACGGAGACGAGGUGCCUUACGUCUUCGGGAUUCCCAUGGUCGGCCCCACUGAUCUGUUCCCCUGUAACUUCUCCAGGAAUGACAUCAUGCUCAGCGCCGUGGUCAUGACUUAUUGGACCAACUUUGCCAAGAGUGGGGAUCCCAACAAGCCGGUGCCUCAGGACACCAAGUUCAUCCACACGAAGGCCAACCGCUUUGAGGAGGUGGCCUGGUCCAAGUACGACCCGUACGACCAGCUCUACCUGCACAUCGGUCUGAAGCCCAGGAUCCGCGACCACUACCGCGCUACCAAAGUGGCCUUCUGGAAACACCUGGUGCCUCAUCUUUACAACCUCCACGACAUGUUCCACUACUCCUCCACGACCACCAAGGUCACGCCCAUGGAUCCCACCCAGUCCAACGGCAAGAGGUCGGGCAGCACCGGGCGGCCCCCCGUCUCCCCGGCCCACACUGAAAACGGGAGAGAGAUGGGUCCUCUGAUCAUGCCCAACCCCAGGGAUUACUCCACGGAGCUCAGCGUGACCAUCGCCGUGGGGGCCUCGCUGCUCUUCCUCAACGUCCUGGCCUUCGCCGCCCUCUACUACCGCAAGGACAAGCGCAGUCGCCAGGACACGUCCCAGCAGCCCAGUCCGCAGCGCGACGGCAAGGGCAACAACGUCAGCCACACCAACACGGUGGACGAGGCGCUGUCGUCCCAGCAGAGGAGCCAGUGCGAGGCUCUUCACAACCCCCAUCACGUCUCACCCAGCCUGGACUACUCCCUCACCCAGCACCGCUCCCCCGACGACAUCCCUCUGAUGACCCCCAACAACAUCACCAUGAUCCCCAACUCCCUGAUGGGCCUGUCCAACAUGAGCCCGUACAGCACCUUCCCGGCGGGCUACAGCUCGGCGGGGCUGCCCAGCACCCACUCCACCACACGUGUAUAACCUGCGGAGCAGACAAGUGACAGACGGUCCCUAAAAAGGUGGAGAUGUAAAGGUGUAUCUAGGAUGUGUAGGUUAAAAACUAGGAUGUUUGAAUUUGUUUGUUCUGUCUUUUUGUUUUUUCCCAAAGGUGUUAAAAACCACAGACAUCCUGCCUUCACUCCCUCUCUCCCCCCUCCCUCUCUCCCCCCUCCCUCCCUCCCUCCCUCCUUUCCUCUCUCUCAUAUAGGAAGUAUAACUGCAACGUCAUUUUAUAAUACUACUCACCUGAAGGGAACGGAAAGAAGAAAAAAAAUCGGAUCAUGUCAUUUUUCACGUUAGCUUUUUUGGAACUUUACAUAGGAAGAACUUAGUAUAAUGUUUCUACGGCUGGAUUUGUAUGGGAAGCUUUUUCUUACUCUGUGACAACUCUUUUGAUCUCGUGGACUUUAAAGUGACAUUACACCAGGUGGACGACAGGAGGCGGGAUCUGAGCGGAGGCGGAGCGCGGUAUUAUUGUUACUAUAAUCGGUAUUAUUAUCAAUAGUAUUACAGAGCGAUUUUAUACACACUUCUCAUGGUACACUGCUUAUUCUGAACAAAUGUAUUUUUAUUGUACUUAGGUUCAAAGGUCGCGUGACUCACUCUCAUAUGAAAACGACUGUGGAUUCAUCGCAGCGGCCGGUUUGAAUUUCAGCCGUCGACGCGUGCGCUCCAGAGAAUAUCCAGUUUAUUCGACAUACACUAUGUGGUAGUGCAAAUUAUAGCUGCCGUGUGUGUGUGGGUGUGUGUGGGUGCCUGGUUGAACAGCGCGCUACGAAAAAUGUAAAUUAGACAUCAUUUAAAGUUUGCCUUUAUGUUUUCUGCAUAGGUAUCGUUGUGUAAUCUCUGGUAGUAUAUUUAAGUACGCUGCUGUGUUUCCUUUGACACGUGUCCAUCGCGACGUCGUAGGGACAGAAAUAACGCUUUGCUACGGAGGGAGUUUUGCUUCAAAUGUGUUUUGUUUUUUUUCCUACUCAGACUAACUCACGGUUCUUUUCCCUGGCUUGGCUUGUUUGUACAGAAUAAAUUUAGACGAAAUCUUUUAUUUGUGCUUUGUUUAUGAAUACUGUAAGUUCCCCAGAGGAUUAUCUGUAAUUACACUGUAACUGUAUGUAUAUCGACUCAUGUAUUCACAUGGUAAAGUGAGGAGUUUCAUGAAAAAAAAAAACGAUUUAAGAAAAAAAAAAAGAAAAGUAUUUGCUGCGGGCCCCAGACGUAACAUAUCCAGGGGUUGUGUUUUUCCUGAACGGACGUGAGGAGCAGAGAUUUGAAAUUUGAUUCCUUUAAAGUUAUCAACAUGUUGUUUAUUCUAAAUGAGACAAAUAUUAAAAGAUUUUUUAAACUAAA